GGAUCAAAUGCUCUGUGAGCGAUCUGAAGUUCGUCUGCAAUGCGCUUGGCUCCGAACCCGUGAGUACAGCGGUGAAGGAAGCAUCCAUCCGCGGAGUGGGACCCGGGGGAGUCACUGGUGUGCGCACGCGAGAGAGAAUAAUGGAGAGAAACACACCACAUGCAGUACAACAAGUACCGGCAUCGCGGGUGAAAGAGGAGAUGAUGAGCGGAGGAACGAAGAGAAAGAGCAGAAAAGGAGUGUUUACACUGUAUGGAAGUGAUGUGGAGCAGAAUGACCACAUGGUUUCCCCGCUGGAUUUGUCCUCCAGCGCACCGAGUGGCAGGCGAAAAAGGCGGGGAAACCUCCCCAGAGAGUCGGUGCAGAUCCUCAGGGGAUGGCUCUUUGAGCACCGUCACCACGCCUAUCCGUCCAACCUAGAGAAGGUGAUGCUCUCCAAGCAGACCCAUCUGUCCACCUUACAGGUUUGUAACUGGUUUAUAAAUGCCCGGCGAAGGUUGUUGCCGGAAAUACUGCGGAAGGAAUGCAAGGACUUCAGUCACGGUGUGCACAAGCUAUACAGUGGCAGUGAGCUGGACAGCAUGCCGUCCCCUUCACCCACUGCUGCCUGUGACCGGCAGGCCUUUCCCCCUGGCGAUCCAGUCCAGCCCCAGGUGUCUCUAAGGCCAUCCGUCAUCUGUCACACCACACUGAGCCAUGCCUGGUUCAGUCCCACCGACAGCUGUGUCCCCACCCACAGCACUCCUAGAAUUGUUGAAGAGAACUGGGCUCACAGACACAGCACCCAAACAGGGGUCUUUAAUAUUCCACCCCCAACACCCCCCAAGGUGAUCAGGGACCUCAGCGGCUUCCAGCUCUUAGUGGACGUGGCCCUGAAAAGACGGGCUGAGUUAGAGAGCCCUUGCAAGCCUCCGCAGUCCUGAAGCUCACUGGGACAAGGGGUGACUGGACCAAAGUCACAACGCUUAAAAACUCGAUGACACGUUCAUGGAUUGAUCAUGAGGACUCGAGGAGGUGAUGGAGGAGGAACCCGGUGCUCUAAGGUUAGGGUUAGGCUUAAGGUCUGAGUUAGUAUUAGGGUUAAGGAAUGGAGAGAUAAGAGGCAACCUUGGCUGUCGGUCAUCCUGCAGACAGCACAUGCCCUUCAGUAGUUUGCCAGACAUGUUUUUUAUAGAUUACAUUUGAAAUUUGAAUUGAUAAUUUUUAUUUGCAUUACGUUUUUUAGUGGGAGUUGUGUCUAGAAGAUGAGCCAUGUAUGACCAUUAGCAUAACACUAACUGUCCCCCCAACACAAACCAUACAAGCCAUU